UGUUUUCAAAGCCCAUCUCAGCUUGCCACCUUUAUGUGAGACUGGUAAGAGAGAGCCAAUACAGGACACGGGCAUUGGGGAAUGAACAUGCGUGUGUGUGUGUUUCACAUUUGAGUUGCAGAUCUAGCAAGUGCAGCGUAGGGUUUGCGUUCCCGCGUAGUCGCUCCAUGAGAAACACUGAUCUUUAACAUGUUAAAUGUACCUCAACAGCCCACAUGAUUAUGGUUUUAAGUCAUUUUCAGUGACUAUUUUGUCCUUCGCCUCUCCCAGUCUGACAAUAGUAAUCGGGUAUACUACCACUAAAUGGUAGCGUUUCAGUUGCUCUACACCCGUUACAUCCAAGCAAUGGUGAGCAGCCAUCUGCAUGUGAAGAUCAUUGUGACCCAACAGUUUACGCCUCCUUAUCACAAAUGUUGACCGUAGACUGCUCGGGGGGUACAGGGAAAAAGGACAGAUUUAGCCUGGAGUGCUCGCCGUGAUUCCAGGGUUUGUACUGGAGAGCAGUUUUCCUGAUUUUUCUACGUGUGCGCGACAUUUCAUGCCUAUAUAAAGCAGAAAUGAUUCAGGCAGGUUGAUUGGUUCUCAUCAUUCAUGGAGCAUAGUUGUAUGCUGACUCAUGGUUUGUGUCACUAUUUUCUCUGCAACUAAAAGACGAGCUUUCUCUGAAAACGCCGCUCCCGAGUCAGUGCGGCUCUGGAACCAUCCCUCUCUCUCCGGAGUAGCAAACGGAAACCGCGUUGGAAAAUGGCGUGUGUGAUUUAAAAUCUCACCAACACAAAGGUGUGGAAUGUCUCUGAAGGGAAGUCUGCGUAUUUAACCUGCUUUUGACUCUCACUUGGCUGUUUACUCCGCCUUCCCCCCGGAGGGUGACCGUGAAUAUUUGAAUGUUUGAAUUUGACAACCCUCUUGGACCUACGGCCCACGCGAUGUCCUUAAGGGAUUUGGAGUUGCCGUGUUCCUAAAUUGGAUGAGGAGAGUUUGGGAGUCAUUGGCUCUGCGGGAGGUGAGCGGGUCCUGCGUUUAGACGCCGCCUGUGAUGACAUGACGAAUGGCCUCACCGGAAGAUGAAGACAAAGCCAGACGAAAGAGAGACACCAUGAACGAGAGAAUGAUGAGUAGAGGAGAGAGGGAGGUGAUGAGGAGAAAAGACUGACACCGGCAGGUGGUAAUGGAAUGUGUUGUUUUGCUUGACACCACACCACCACAAAGGAGGUGUAACUGUGAGGCCUGGCAUCGGUAGAGUCUAGUGAAGCCUGAGAGAGAGAGAGAGAGAGAGAGAGAAUGAAUGAGUCUCACUCAGGAGAGAAAACCUUGGCAGCUUCUCCACACCUCCACUGCCCAGUGCGCUCGUCUCUCUGACUGUCACUCAGAGACGUCAGACAGGCUUGUGUUGGUAUUUGCUCACGAACAGCAGAACACGGAGCCUCUCCGAGUGCGGAGAAGAACGCCACGCAUGGCUAACGCAACCACUGUGGGUUAUGCUUGAGGUCUGCCUCCUUCUAUAAGGAAGGCACUGGGGCUCUCUCUCUUUGUCUGGAUGUAAAUUGUGAACUGUCUAUUAUGUAUUGUAUAUCUCUCCCUGGUACUGACACACAGUUUGUUAUUCAUAUACAAAUACAGAAGUCCACGCACACACACAAGCCCCUCGAGUAACAGUAAGCCACUGUCCUCUCGGUCCCAGGCACACGUUCGCUGGGAACACAGUCCGUUGCUUUCUUUUUCCCUCUCUUAUAUACAUUUUCUUAUUUUGUAUUCUCUCUCUCUCUCUCUCUCUCUCUCUCUCUCUCUUGCUUUCUCAUUUGUUCUCAUUUGCUCACAGUGAAAGCUGACCAAUGGUCUUCUUCCUCCCUCUCAAGCCCCACCCCCAACUCAGCGACCCCUCCUCCCACAAACUCAUCUUCUCUUUCUCCCCUUUCUCCGUUCCCACGGUUCCCGUUGUAUGCGUGCGCCCGGAUGUCUGACCCGCUGGUGCUGCGCGUGGCGUUCAGCGCUCUGCCAGGGUGUUGGCAUGGCCCAGGGAUGAACGACGAGGGGCCGUCCAGCAGCCCGGAGCUGUCCUCCUGCCCGCUGCCCGACUGGAGGGAGUUCUGCGAGCUCCACGCGCGGGCCUCCGCCGCUGACUUCGCCCACAAGUUCCGACGCUUCGUCAGCGAGAACCCCUGCUACGACUCACCCGGCGCCGACGCCAGCUUCUCACAGCACUUCACCAGCCACUUCCUGGACUGCUUCUCCGCCACCCUCAGCCAGGCGCGGGACUCGGGCUCGCCCGGGGCGGCAUCCUCCGGCCCCAAGUACAGCAUCGUGCCCUUCGUGGGCAUCCAGGGUUGCCCGCUGCCCUACGGCCACGAGCUGUGCCAGCGCCGCAAGGACACAUGCGCCUCCAGCGAAUCGCUGGACAGCAUGGACAGUGGAGGGGGAGGGGCCUCCGGGAGCACCGUCCCCCGGGGCCGGCGGGCGCCCGCCCACAAGGUGCCGGCGCUGGGCCAGUCGCGGAGCUCGGAGGACGUGUCCCUGGGGCGGCCCAAGGCCCGCUUCAAGAAGGGCUUCUCCCUGCGCAACAUGAGCCUGUGCGUGGUGGACGGCGUGAGGGAGAUCUGGCACCGCCGAGCCUCCCCGGAGCCCGACGCCGGAGGAGGCAGGAAGGGCGGCACGCCCGAGCCCGGCGGGCACGAGCGCUGGAGCCAGAAGCUGCGGUUGGCACGCGGCUCGCAGGGCCAGCGCACCGAGCUGCUGGAGGUCCAGAGGGAGGGCACGCUGCGCUACAUGGUGGCUGACGACAGCAACUGCGUGGGGGCCGCACAGUGGCAGAAGUGCCGUCUCCUGCUCCGGAAGUCCCGGGCGAGCGCGGAGGGUGGGGAACGGUUCCUGCUGGAGUUCUAUGUGCCACCCAAGUCCUCCAAGCCCAAGGUGAGUGUGCCCCUAUCGGCCAUUGUGGAGGUCAGGACCACCAUGCCCCUGGAGAUGCCUGACAAAGACAACACCUUUGUGCUGAAGGUGGGCAAUGGCAGCGAAUACAUCCUGGAGACCAUCGACUCCCUCCAGAAGAACUCCUGGGUCUCCGACAUCCAGGACUGUAUAGACCCCGGGGACAGUGGAGAUGACAUCGAGCUAGCAUCGUGCUUUCAUGGCCAGCCAUCCAAAGAGUUCUCCCUGGUGGCAUCCUGUAGCUGUGAGCUCCUGUCUGAUGGUGUACACCGAGCAGCUGACAGGUCGUGUGCCACCACUGGAGAUCCCUGCAGUGCCCCCUCUGUCCGCUGCCGGGAACUACCGCUCACACAGCACCCCUCUCACGUGCCCUUAGAGCGCUUCCUUCAGUCUCCAGAGGCACAGAGUGCUAGCCCACCACCAGGUGGUCCAGGUGAACCCCUGGUGGAGGCGGAGGGAGAUGGCAGCUUGGUGGGUUACCCAUGGUUCCACGGGACCCUGUCGCGCGUGCGAGCGGCCCAGCUGGUGCUGACAGGCAGCGCUCGGAGCCAUGGCUUGUUCGUGAUUCGCCAGAGCGAAACGCGGCCGGGGGAGUACGUGCUCACCUUUAACUUUCAGGGCAAAGCCAAGCACCUGCGCCUGUCCGUGAACGAUAGUGGUCAGUGCCACGUGCACCACCUCUGGUUCCGCACUGUGUGCGACAUGCUGCGACAUUUCCACGCCCACCCCAUCCCGCUGGAGUCCGGCGGCUCCACAGACAUCACGCUGCGCUCAUAUGUUCAGGUGCAGCGCAGUCCAACAGACGUUCUCCUAGCUCCAGCUCCUCUGCAGGAGUCCAGCUGCCGGGCUGAAGCAGCCCAGCCGGGCCACCACGUCCCCGGGGUCCCUCCGCCUCCGCCGGCCCCUCCGGCCGAUGUGGCGCUCCCCUCCAGCUCCUCUUCCUCGCCCACAGGCCCGCCCCUCUCCUCUGCCGGGGGCGUGGCCGGGGGCCUGCAGAGCAGGAGCAACAGCUCCGAGCGGCUGCUGGAGCCCCCUGUUGGCAGCGCAGAGGAGUAUCACGACAGUGAGGGUGCGCGGAGGGGCCGAGCUGUGGAGAACCAGUACUCCUUCUACUGAAGCCCAGCGGGCCAGAGCAGGAAUCUCCCAAACUUCCUACGAGGAUGAUGCAACAGAGGCGUCUCUCGGGACGGCUCGUGUGUUCAGUUUUUGGUUACAGUCUUUUUAACUUUCAAACGACCUCCAUCCCCAGAAGCAGAGUUGUGUCAGUGCUUGCAGUCUGUCCACUACCAACAAACCUGCAGAGUCCUUCAAGGAUUCAUUCUCCCCACCCCCACCGCGUAUGUCAGCCAGCGCCACGGGCCUUGUCCACAGAGCUUCUGAGAGGAAGGAAGUUCCUUUUCCUCCAGAGAGGAAGUUGCCAUGGUGAGACAUCUGACAGUGUUUAACCUUCCCCAGGACAUUUCCUGCAGAUUAGAUGCCCCUCCCUUUUGCCCACCCCCACUGCCCUGGUACACUGGUCACAAAGUCAAAAGCUCUGGGUUCAAAUCCCCCCUCCUGAGUGCUCUACUUAUGUUUGUUGAACUGUUGAUAGAAUGUUCCGGAUGUCCAAUACACCCCCCCCUUAAAUCUCAUGGGCUUUGCGGAUAUGGCUUCCCACAACACAUACAUAUCUCUCGUGUCUUCGUAUGAUGGCUGGGGUCAACGGGGUCAGUCUCCAGAAGUGAACAGUUGCAGUCAACGAAAACCAACAAAACAAGUCUUUGUUUGUUUGGACAGAUAAGACUUUUGGGCGGUGGGUGUGAUGUCCUGUGCCUCAGCUACCAUUUAUUGCACUAUAUAAGUAAGAACAAGCAUACAUGGACUGUAUGACACAUUUCUUAGCAGACUUAUUAAAUACUAGUACUUUUUUCUUAAUCCAUGCACAAGCCUAAUAGUUCUUUUAAAAGACUAAGACGUUGUCUUACAUUCGAAGUGAGGACUCGUUUUCAGAUGAGGAAACCUAGCAGUUCACUUACUGAUGAGUUCAACUUUUCCUUCAAACACUUACAUAAGAACAAGUUUCUCAUCUGUUACUUUGUACAGCUUGUGUAAGGUACCAGGUGAUGUAUUAUUUAUCCGUGCCCACAGUGCUAGAGCGGCAUUGGCAGGCAUUUGUUAAUGGAUGAGUUUGGGGUUUAGAGCACUGAUUAGUUAUUAGGCAGUUAUUAGGCUAUGUGGAUUAACUUGAGCUUUUUGUGUGGAUUCUCCUUGUUACAGCAGUCUAGUGACAAAUUACUGGGACAGCCUCCAACCAAAUUCUGGGGGAACCUGCCUCUCUCUCUCUCUCUCACACUCACACUCACACACACACACACACACUCUCUCUCACUCUCACACACACA